AUGAAGAAUGGGGUAAAAAACGAGAAACCUAGAAAGCAUCAACCUCACCAUUUUCCCACUGUAUUCUUCUUCCCUACAGAAAAUUUCCCAACUUCACCUUUCUUUGGAACAGAAAGGUCUCUGCAGCCUUCUCUCCCUCUGCUGAGCAACUCCACAGACUCAGGAAGGGUGUUCAACACCUCCAGGGUCUCUACCCCAGAUGUGAGUUCAGCAUGGCUUCUGCCAUCAUCAUCCAGCACUUCUCUCCAGCCACUCAUGGGUAAUGUCUAUCUUAACCCACAUGCUGGCACAACCAUGCUGACAGUGCUGACCGAGCCGGGACAGAUCUCCACCUCGGCAUCCUCCUAUCCAGGUGCUCUCAAGUGGGAUUUCACUGGAAGCACAGGUGGGAGGGAAGAUGCACUCCAGAAAUUCAAUGUGAGUAACAUUGAACAGGACACUACGCUCUCCUCCCUGGCUGUGAGAAACCAGUGUGAUAAAAUUUUAGAUCCUAAUGCCAUAGUUCCUUUCCAUCCAACUAUAUCUGCCAGCUUUGUCCAGGUUACACCACCACAGAUGCCAAAUCAAGGAUACAGCCUGGCACCUUCCUACCACGAGGGUAGUCAGGUCUAUUACUAUGAGCACAACAGCCUGGGCCCUCUUAUAGGUGGAGAAUUUUGGCAGUGUUUGCAGGCCCAUGGCUCUGUGUCCUACCCUGGGAGUCAGACCUCUGCGUUCCAACCAGAGAUGGUGAUGGUGCUAAAGGAGAUUCAGCCAAGGAAUGUCCAAAUACCACUCUUUACCUCUGCCUUCUCCUAUUCUACAUCUGCUCAAUCCAUGCCAGACAACAGUCUUCCCGUGGUUCAAAUGGAGACGUCCCUGGGGUUGCCAGGCCAGACACAAUGUCAGCUCCAGAGUUCAGAACUCUGCAACACCUUUGCCCAGGUUUCUGAGAUAAGUCUACCAACUGUCAAUGGGGACAGAGCAUUACCAGCGCCCAUCUACAGUCCUUCAGAAUUUUUGGCCUUGCCUCCAGCUCCAAGUCUGGAACGAACAGAGAACAAAAACACCACAAAGAUAAAAGAUGAGUUUUUAAAGACUCUGGAUGCCUAUGAGGGCACAAAAGGAAACCAAGACACACCAAUCGUGACUUUGAAACAUCCUGACUUGCAGCAGCCUCAGCACUGCAUUGAUACUGAGAGUUUAAGGCAGAAGCCUGCUUCUGAUAAUGCCCAUUUGGGAGGCAUCAGCUUGCAUCCAAAAGAGCUUGUGGGGCUAGAGAAUGAGAUUGGAUCCAUCUGCGACUUUAAAGACAUCACUACACUUGAGGCAGACAUUCAGCUUCCCCAACUCCUCAACACCCUCACAGACAUAGACCAGAAUCAGUUCUGUGAAAACUGGAGAGUCAUCAGUGGUCCCUCUGACCAGGGAAGGAAGAAUAAACAUAAAUCCUCUGAGCUGCUUGAGGGAGCUACUAAGACCAAAAUCCAGCACUCAGACCUGGUAGAGGGAGAAGGGGCUGAGGGUGUUGCUGGGGCCAGUGACAGGGCUAUUGAAAACAUGGCAAAGCACCCAGAGGGCAAAGCUCCCAAAGUGCCCACCAUCAAGAACAGAAGAGUCAGAAGACAGCAUCAAGAAAGACCAAAUGGACCUGAGAACAACACUAAGAAAACUGACAAUCUUAAGCAGUCAAGGAACAGAGUCAAAGCAGAAGAGAAGCCCUCCGUUUCCAAGACCAAGAGGAAGAGGAAUCCACCUGAGCUCAGUCAAAACAGCUUCAAGAAACCUCGA